AGAAACGAUGAACGAGUCGGGACGCGCCGGGAACGAAGAAGCGGUGCGAUAAUAAUAAUAUGUGGACGACUCGGCCACGGACCAGGCGAAAGUGGCGGCAACCGUCGGCCCCGUCGUGCAGAGAACGUGACAAUCGGUGGAACCGCCGUCGGGACGGUUUCCGCAUCAUCUACUCGGUGAUCCUGGCGGCGUGCAUGGCGACGCAGGAGGCGAGGGGCGCCAAGUGUCCGCCACCGGACACAAUACCCGGCUGCCCGUGUUACAACUUCGAGAACGGCGGUCUGUUCCUGGAGUGCGCAGGUGCCACCGAGGAGUCCCUCAGGAACGCUUUGUCCGGCGUGAUACAUGCCGCCGGCGAGGAAGGAGCGCUCGUUCAAUCAUUGAGCGUGUACGAAUUGGAUCGGAAAGUAGAGGAACUUCGGUCCGCCGCUUUCCCGGCGGGCUCGCAAAUUAGGCAUCUGCAAAUAUCGCAUUCCGCGAUCCGCGAAAUAAGCGAGGAUGCUUUUACGCGACUCAGUAAAAGCCUGGAAUCCCUGGCACUCGUAUCCGGUCGACUACCUCACGUACCUCAAAAGGCUAUGGCCUCGCUGAGCCUACUCAAAGCGCUGGACCUGGAGGCCAACCUCGUUUACGAGCUGCUCAGCUUCAGUUUCUUUGGGCUCGCGUUAAUUAAACUGAACCUGAAGGGUAAUCAAAUCAGUAAAAUUUCGGAGUACGCCUUUGCCGGGCUCGAGGAAACUUUAAAGGAUCUGGAUCUGGCGGAGAACAAGAUCAGAGUAUUCCCCAUGACGUCCUUAAGAAGAUUAGAACAUCUCACGUCCUUGAGGCUCGCUUGGAACGAGAUAUCGCAGCUCCCGGAGGACGGCUAUUCCAGGCUGAAGGCCUUAAACUUCCUCGAUCUCAGUAGCAACAAUUUCAAGGACAUCCCGCUCAAUUGCUUUCGCUGCUGUCCGUCCCUAAAGACCCUCUCGCUUUAUUACAACGCGGUCGAGUCGGUCGACAAGGAUGCCUUUAUAUCGUUGAUCGAUCUCGAGUCGAUAGACCUCAGCCACAACAAGAUCGUGUUUCUUGACGUGGCCACCUUCCGUGCCAAUCAAAAGCUUAGGUCGAUCGAUCUCAGCCACAAUCACAUACACUAUAUCCGAGGCGUGUUCUCGAGGCUGCCUGAGUUGAAGGAGCUCUUCCUGGCGGAGAAUAACAUUCUCGAAAUACCGGCGGAAACGUUCGCCGGCAGCACGAGCCUCUCGGUCGUGUACCUCCAGCAGAACGCCAUCAGAAGGAUCGAUGCGCGCGGCCUGGCGACGCUCGGUCAAUUAGCGCAGCUACAUCUGAGCGGAAAUUACAUCGAGAAGGUGCCGCGUGAUUUUCUCGAGCACUGCGAGAAUCUCUCGACCCUGUCGUUGGACGGUAAUAACAUCCGCGAACUCGAAGUGGGCACGUUUGCCAGGGCGAAGCAGCUGCGCGAGCUCCGGCUGCAGGAUAAUCAGAUCACCGAGGUGAAACGCGGCGUGUUCGCCCCGUUACCGUCGCUCCUCGAGCUGCAUCUGCAAAACAACGCCAUCACGGACAUGGAGACCGGCGCGCUGCGAUCCCUGCACAGUCUGCAACACGUGAAUCUGCAGGGCAACCUCCUGGCGGUGCUCGGCGAUGUGUUCCAAGUGUCGAACGACGUCGGCCAAAGCGAAAACAGCGGUAGCUCCUUGGUUUCCAUUCAGCUGGAUAACAAUGGACUCGGCGUCCUACACAAUGACUCAUUAAGAGGUCAGGCCUCGGUCAGGAUCAUGUGGCUCGGACAUAAUAGGCUGACUCGUCUGCAAGCUCCAUUGUUCCGGGACCUGUUGCUGGUCGAACGUCUGUAUCUCACGAAUAAUUCUAUCUCGCGAAUAGAGGACACCGCCUUCAAGCCGAUGCAGGCGCUCAAGUUCCUGGAGCUCAGUAUGAACCGACUGAGCCACGUGACCGUGAAGACCUUCUCGGAGCUCCACGAGCUGGAGGAGCUCUAUCUGCAGGAUAACGGUCUACGCCGUUUAGAUCCUUACGCCUUGACGGCCCUCAAAAGACUGCGCAUCCUCGAUCUUGCCAACAAUCACCUGAACGUGCUGCACGACAAGAUCUUCCAGGAGGGCCUGCCGAUCAGGACGCUCAACCUGAAGAAUUGCACCGUCAGCGUGAUCGAGAACGGUGCCUUCCGCGGACUGAACAAUCUCUACGAGCUGAAUCUCGAGCACAAUCACUUCACUGCCACGGCGUUGGACCGCCUAGACAUACCGGGAUUAAGGGUCUUGAGAAUAUCGUACAACAACUUCAGUCAGAUCAACGCAAACUCCCUGGACGGCUUGCCGUCUCUUCAGCAUCUCGCGAUGGACUCGUCGCAAAUCUACAGGAUGCCGGCCGAUAUAUUCUCGAAGAAUAAGAAUCUGGGAAAGCUAUUGCUCAGCAACAAUUUACUCAGGGUAUUGCCGGCGACGCUGUUCCUGGGUCUGGAGGCGCUCAAGGAGAUCAAGCUCGACGGCAACAGGUUCCAAGAGAUCCCGUACGACGUGUUCACGAACGCCACCACGGUGGAAUUCCUCUCUCUGGCCAACAACCUUCUACACCGCGCAGAUAUGGCACGGCUGAACGGACUGAUCAGUCUGCGGGAGCUCGACCUACGCGGCAACAACAUCGCCUCUCUCACCGGCUUCGCCUCCGUCAAUUUCUCCCGCCUGAUAUCCGUGGAUCUGAGUCACAAUCACUUAACGGCUCUUCCGGCGAAUUUCUUCGCCCGCUCGAAUAUGCUGCGAAAGGUCGAGCUCGCGGCUAAUAAGUUCCGGCAAAUACCCGCCGUGGCACUCACGGCGCAAAAUAUACCCGGCCUAGCCUGGCUGAACGUCACGGCUAAUCCCCUCGUGAGAAUACACGAGAUCAGCUCAGAGGCGAGGUAUCCGGCUCUUCAGGAAAUUCACAUCUCCGGGACGAACUUGACGAUAGUUACCAGCCAAGACUUCGAGGCGUUCCCCGCGCUGAUGCACCUCUUCAUGGGCAGCAAUAUGAUAUCCAGAGUGUCGCCGAGCGCGUUUCGCAGCCUCUCGAAUUUGCUCACGCUGGAUCUCAGUAUCAAUGAUCUGGAGCUAUUGCCGCAGGAGAGACUCAAGGGGCUGGAACACCUCAGACUGCUGAAUCUCACGCACAACCGUUUGAAAGAGCUCGAGGACUUCCCGUCUGACCUUAAAGCUUUGCAGGUGCUCGAUCUCUCGUACAAUCAGAUAAGCAAAGUGGGAAAGGGCACGUUCCAGCAUUUGGAGAAUUUAGCCGAAUUGCACCUCUACGGCAACUGGAUAUCGUUGAUCUCGCCGGACGCGUUCAAGCCGCUGAAGAAGCUCAGGAUUUUAGAUCUAAGUAGGAACUACUUAGCCAACUUACCGCUGAAUGCCUUUCGACCACUCGAAACGCAAAUACGGAGUUUACGGGCCGAGGAGAAUCCGCUGCACUGCGACUGCGAGUCCCAGGAGCUCUGGGAAUGGCUGCGCGACCACCAGAAGCUGGUCGGCGGCGGGAUGAGCCGGAAUCGCGGGCUGAGAAUGAACGACGUGGACAGCGGGCUGCUGAGAUGCGACCAGCCGCCGGAGCUACGCGGACUGGUCUUCCUGGAUCUGGACCCGCACGCCUUCUGCACCGCGCCCCUGGUCCUGAAACUGGCGAUCCAGGACAUCCAGCCGUUCUCCGUUCUGGUGUCGUGGCAGAGCAGGAAUCAUUCCGGCCUGCGCGGCUACCAGGUGGCCUAUCACGCUCUGGAUAAUGUCGACGAGGUACGUGCCAAAAUACUCGAGCCGAACGCGCGCUCGGUGAAACUGUCGAAGCUGUCGCCGAACACCCGCUACCUGAUCUGUGUAUUCGGCCUCGGCAAUUGGAUGACGUCGCGGAUGGAGGACGGGCCGAUGGAGCAGCUCAAUUUCACGCUGGUCGAGAUAAUCGCGUCCACGCCGAGCUCGCAGAUGACAGACUCCGCGACCAGCCGUUGCACCGAGGUGAAGACGCUGGACGCGCCGGACGCGAUAAUCAGCAGCGACGGCUCGGCCAUGGGCGACGUCGGCAGUGUCAGCAGCUUCCUGACGAGGCGGCUGGGUCUAAUAGUCGGCUGCUGCAUGGGCUUCGUCGUCUUCCUGAUGCUGGUGUCGGUCUUGGGUUACCUCAAGGUGAAGAAGCAGCGGGAGGCGGUCAAGAGGGAGCAGCAGCCGAUACCGCCGGAGUACAUAUCGUACAGGCACUUCAGCAUACAGAGCGGCGAGGCCGGCCACACCGCCACCAGGCAGACCAGCCAGGACGGUCAGCACUCCAACUUCAUCAACAACUCCACCACGCUGAAUGUAUGAGAAAAGCCGCGGAACUCCCGACUCGUGGAGGUUUCGAACGUGUGAGACGCGGGGAUCGCGAGCGAUCCCGAGUGUGUCUAACCAGUUCGAAGGUCUCCCCGACUCGCGGAAGUUUCGAGUUCACCGCGCCAGAGAGCCUCAAACGGACAAUGUCGACUCUGUCGAAUUUUCGGCACGACCGCCGUGUAAACCUGUCUUACAAACUAAUAAAUUGUCAGCAAUUAGCAGUGCUGUGCGCUCAAGUGAUACGCGCCGAGGAGUGCUAUAAUUGACUCGACGAAACGCUCGACGAAAGAGCGUCGUUCUCGAGAAGCGUCACUACCAAAAACAAAAACAAAAAAGAACAAAAUAUCUGCAGGCCAUGCCAGCCUCUGCGUUAACGGCAACGAAGAGUUCAAGCGAGUGAGUAUGCAUGCGUUACGUGAGAGAAUGGGAAUCGCGGGCGAAUGGGAAUCUUUUACUAUAGGGUAACGGAGCAUUUUAUAAAGGAUUUUCUACGAGUCUGACAAUUCGGUUUCAAGUAGCUUUAAUCACUUCACGUGGCAUCGUAUCGGACGAGCGUGAUCGAGUGGAUUGAAAUGUCUCGUAAAAAAAUUGUACAGAAGAACGGGGAAAUUGAUUUCGAUAAUGGUGCGAGCGAUGUGAGCCGCACCUGCAGUUCUCGUGUACUCUGAAAAAAUCUUAUAAGUUUUGAACAAGACGAGAGAGAGGUAUCGAUACUCUUCAUCUUCGCGAUUGAGAAAAUUAAAGAAAAAAAUUACGACAAAUUCGACCAAACCGCUAUCGGAUUUUGCUUUUUAGGUCUUUAUUAUUGGAUCGGGAUCUUCGCGAGGUAUUAGCCGUAUUAGUAACGUGGAGCGUUUAAAAUCAAUAACGCGCGGUCUGACGGACCAAAGCCGCGCGGUAUACGUAGAACAUAAAGUAUGUCGACAUCUCGGGCAGGUACAUGAAACUGUCCCGAACGUAAUGAGUGUCAUUUUAUCCGCGAAAAAUCGGUCGAUUUCGCGGACGGC